UGCAAGUACGAAGUUUUGUUUUAACCUUUUGACUUUUGAAGGCGGACGAAAAUGAUAUGUUAUAUCAGUAGAAAAGCAGUAUAGAUAUCGCUAAUUCUUUUUAUGUAUUAAAAUGGGAAGAAGAAAGUCGAAAAGAAAACCACCGCCGAAAAGAAAAAACAUUGAGCCACUUGAUCAACAAUUUAAUUGUCCAUUCUGCAACCAUGAGAAGUCGUGUGAAGUUAAGAUGGAUAAGGGCAGGAACACUGCUAAAAUAACUUGUAGAGUGUGCCUGGAAGAUUUUCAGACUGGGAUUAACUUCCUUUCUGAACCUAUUGAUGUUUACAAUGACUGGGUGGACGCUUGUGAAACAGCAAAUUAAUGUUAAGUAAUUUAGUAUUAGCAAGUAAUGUAUAAAUGAUUUAACAUUAAUGGCUUGUAAUUCUUUAUAUAUAAUGGAAUUUAUUGUUAGUGUAUUCAAUUUGAUGAAAUUACAGUGUGCGUCAGUUAUAUUAAAUAACGGUAAGAUUCUA